AUGUACGUUGUCGUUCCGUUCCUCUUUCUUUCCGUUUUUUCUUUUUCUUUUUCUUCUUCUUUCCUCUGUGAGGACGUCCAUGCUGAAAGUGGCAAAGCCGGAAAAUCAGGCGGAAAAGCAAGUGGAGAGGGCAAGUCGCAAUCGCGUUCUGCGAAAGCAGGCCUCCAGUUCCCUGUCGGUCGUAUCCAUCGUCUCCUUAAACGCGGGAACUAUGCACAACGUGUUGGCGCUGGUGCUCCAGUUUACCUGGCUGCAGUAUUAGAAUACCUCGCCGCUGAGAUUCUAGAGUUGGCUGGGAACGCCGCUCGAGACAACAAGAAACAGCGUAUCGUCCCGCGUCACUUGCAACUCGCCAUUCGCAACGACGAGGAACUGAACAAACUCCUCGGCAACGUUGUCAUCAGUCAAGGAGGUGUCGUGCCUUUCAUCAAUCCUGAGCUCCUCCCGAACAAAUCCGCGAAGGGCAAGAAAGAGGGUCAGAGUCAGGAGGUGUAG